AUGCUGGAGAAUGGCUCCCUGAGGAACUGCUGUGCCCCGGGGGGGGAAAGCCGCUUCGGCUUGGCGGAGCGGGAGGCGGCGGGUGCCCCGCGGCCCGCCUGGGUGGUGACGGUGCUCUCCGGUGUGCUCAUCUUCACCACCGUGGUGGACAUCUUGGGCAACCUGCUGGUCAUCGUCUCCGUCUUCAAGAACCGCAAGCUCAGGAACUCAGGUAAUGCGUUUGUGGUGAGCCUAGCUUUUGCUGAUCUGGUGGUGGCCUUGUAUCCAUACCCACUGGUGCUCUUAGCUAUUUUCCACAAUGGAUGGACGUUGGGUGAAAUGCACUGUAAAGUGAGCGGCUUUGUGAUGGGACUAAGUGUAAUAGGCUCUAUUUUCAACAUCACUGCAAUUGCAAUAAACCGAUAUUGCUAUAUAUGUCAUAGUUUUGCCUACGACAAAGUGUACAGCUGUUGGAACACUAUGCUGUAUGUCUCCUUAGUCUGGGUAUUAACAGUAAUUGCAACUGUGCCAAAUUUUUUUGUUGGGUCUUUAAAGUAUGAUCCACGCAUCUAUUCAUGCACAUUUGUUCAGACUGCGAGCUCCUACUAUACGAUAGCUGUUGUGGUAAUUCACUUCAUCGUCCCUAUCACCAUUGUGAGCUUCUGCUACCUUAGAAUUUGGGUUUUAGUGCUUCAAGUCAGAAGACGAGUCAAGUCAGAAACAAAGCCAAGACUAAAGCCAAGUGACUUUAGAAACUUUCUUACCAUGUUUGUGGUUUUUGUGAUUUUUGCCUUUUGCUGGGCACCUCUAAACUUCAUUGGACUGGCUGUAGCCAUUGAUCCUAUGGAAAUGGCACCAAAAGUUCCUGAAUGGUUAUUCAUUAUAAGCUACUUCAUGGCCUAUUUCAACAGCUGCCUUAAUGCAAUAAUAUACGGACUUCUUAACCAGAAUUUUCGUAAUGAAUACAAACGAAUUUUAAUGUCACUGUGGAUGCCAAGACUUUUCUUCCAGGAGACAUCCAAAGGAGGAACUGAUGCUCAGAAGAGCAAGCCUUCUCCUGCUUUAAACAACAAUGACCAAAUGAAAACUGAUACCUUGUGAAUGUGUAAUAGUCAAUGCCAGGGUUUGUUAUGGAGAAACCCAAGAAUAUAAUUGUAACGUUUCUUUCUUGCUUACUCUGGGGGUCUUUCCAUUUGGAUGGCACUUUGUGACUGGAAUACUGUCUUCUUGGUAAAGCA